AUGGCUGGAGAGCCCCUGCACUCGCUCUCUUCAUCUAACAGUUUGGCUUCGGCUGCCCCUUGGUACGAUGAGGAGGAGUAUGACGUCAUUGUCGUCGGCGCUGGCCAUGCGGGGUGUGAGGCGGCCCUUGCAUCAGCUCGGCUAGGCUGUAGGACCCUCCUGCUCACGCUCACUCUUGACAAGAUCGCUUGGCAGCCCUGCAAUCCAGCCAUUGGGGGACCAGCCAAAUCGCAACUGGUUCAUGAGAUAGACGCCCUUGGUGGUGAGAUGGGGCGAAUGGCGGACAGGUGCUACCUUCACAAGCGUGUGCUGAACCUUUCAAAGGGUCCUGCAGUGUGGGCGCUUCGUGCACAGACUGACAAGGUUGAAUAUUCCAGGAUCAUGAGAGGAGUGCUUCAGAGCACUGAGAAUCUUGACAUUCGUGAGGGCAUGGUAGUGAGCCUUGACAUUGGCCCAAAUGAUGAUGUCCGGGGUGUGCACACCUAUUUCGGUAUAACUUUCCGGGCAAAGUCUGUUGUUGUGACAACAGGCACAUUCAUGAACGGCCGAAUAUGGGUAGGAAGAACGUCAAUGGCGGCAGGAAGGGCUGGGGAGUCAUCUUCUGUUGGUUUGACAGAGUGCCUUCAGGGCUUGGGUUUCGAAACUGGAAGGCUGAAAACAGGAACGCCUGCACGUGUGGACCUAAGAACAGUGGACUUCUCUACUCUUGAGGCGCAGCCAGGCGAUGAAGGAGCACGAUGGUUCAGUUCUGAUCCGGAUGUUCAUAUUGAGCAUGAGCAGAUGCCCUGCUUUAUUACAAGAACCACAGAUGCAACACACGAGUUGAUACGCAACAACCUGACUGAAUCACCGACAUAUGGCGGUUGGGUGGACUCAAAAGGACCAAGAUACUGCCCUUCGAUAGAGGACAAGAUUGUUCGCUUUGCGGACAAGACCAGCCACCAGAUCUUCCUGGAACCGGAAAGUCGCACAACUCCUGAGCUGUAUGUCCAAGGGUUUUCAACAGGAUUUCCUGAGAGACUGCAGAAAGCACUCCUGCAAACAUUGCCAGGUCUUGAGAACUGCAAAAUGCUUAGACCGGCAUAUGCGGUGGAAUAUGACUACCUACCAGCUUAUCAGUGUGAUGCAACACUCGAAACUAAGAAGUUCCACGGUUUGUUCUUCAGUGGCCAGAUCAAUGGAACAACAGGGUAUGAGGAGGCUGGCGCACAGGGUCUAGUGGCUGGUAUAAAUGCUGCUCGCAGAGCUCAACAGCUUUCGCAAUUUGUGUUAACUAGAGAAAGCUCGUACAUCGGCACUCUGGUGGACGACUUGGCUACAAAAGAUCUAAGAGAACCUUAUAGAAUGCUCACCAGCAGAUCAGAAUUUCGUUUGCUGCUACGAGCGGAUAAUGCAGACAGUCGGCUAACUCCACUUGGACGACGAAUCAACCUCGUUGAUGACAGAAUGUGGGGAAUUUUCUGUGAGAAGCAGGCUCGCAUGGAUACUGAAUGGCGUCGCCUGGAGGGAGUGCGUGUAAGUCAUACCCACCCAGUGUGCCUAGAUGCCGGGAAGCUGUCUGGACAGCGUGUGUCUCAGCCUGUGACAUUGGCUGAGUUGCUAAGGAGGCCACACGUACACUAUGACUUGCUUGACAGACACCAGAUGGGGGCAGACCAGCAGGGAACAGGAUUAACCCAUACUGAAAAAGAGGGUGUCGAAAUUGCCAUAAAAUACUCUGGGUUCAUCAAGCGACAAGAAAAGCAUUUGCAGCAGAUGAAAGCGAAAAGAGGGAAGAAAAUUCCUGAUGGCAUUGACUAUUCAAUGCUGGAGACGCUUUCCAUGGAAGCCAGGGAAAAACUACAAAAGGUGCGACCAAAGGACAUCGGUCAAGCUUCGACAAUUGGAGGUGUGAAUCCUGCAGAUGUGAACGCUUUGCUGCUCCACUUGGAAGUUCGUGACCGGAGGGGAAGAAAGAGAGAACGAAGGGAUAGGCAAGAGCCAGUGGCAGAAAUUGAAAGCAUGCUAUGA